AUGGUUUUCUUUGAAUGUACAGCGGUCUUUUUCGAGUUGAAGCACCUGGACGGAAUUCUACUUGGUGAUAGUGGAUAUGCGUGCCGCAGCUAUCUACUAACACCUGUUUUAAAACCUGAAACAGAGUCAGAAGUUCGAUACAAUAUCGCACAUAAGAAAACGCGAGUUAUCGUUGAACAGCUAUUUGGAUCUUGGAAACGUCGAUUUCCAUGCCUGUAUUAUGGCUUACGCACGAAGUUAAGCACAUCAGUGGCAAUUAUUUGCGCCACUGCCGUUUUGCAUAAUGUGUGCAUUAAACAUAAUCUAGGCGAAAUAAUUGAAGAGGAAUUUAAUGAACCUAUAUUUGAGAAUAUUGUAAAUGAACAACAAGAUGGAAUAGGACUUGCGCAUAAAAAUGCUUUUAUUUUAAGACAUUUUUCAUAAUUAUGAAAUAAUAUUAUA